AUGUCGACAAAGCCUAAUUCUCCUCCUGCUGAAAGUUGGGCGUUGGACGGUCGUGAGGUCGAUCUCCUCCACUACAUCUAUAAUCGACCCGACAUCAAGGAAAUCCGAGGAAACCCCAAAAAAGUCCUCAGCGCCAUCGACACAUACAAUAUCGAGUUCAGUUUCCUCAUGAACAUCGGCGCGACCAAAGGCGAGUUCAUCACCAAUAUAAUUGCCGAACGAAAGCCAUCAGUGAUGAUCGAGCUUGGUGGCUACAUUGGUUACUCUGCCAUUCUCUUCGGCGACGCCAUUCGGAAGAAUGGAGGGAAGCAAUAUCUGAGCAUAGAAAAGAAUCCCGAGAUGGCAGCCAUCGCUGAUAGGCUUGUGGAGCUUGCUGGAUUGCGGGACUAUGUGCGCAUCAUUGUUGGUUCCAGUAGCGAGGUACUGCGCGAGCUCAUCACCGAGACGAAGGAGAUCGAGGCCGUGGAGUUGAUUUUCAUUGAUCAUUGGCAAGAACUGUACCGACCUGAUCUGUGGCUUCUUGAAGAGUUGGAUGGCUUGAAGCCCGACAAGAGUGUUCUGCUAGCGGAUAAUGUUAUCGUGCCUGGUACCCCGGACUACCUUGAAUGGAUUCAAGCGACGACCCCUGAAGCGAAGAGAGAGAUUCUCAGCAGGUCGAAUUUUGGUUCAUUGAAGCCGAAUCCUGAUCUGGUAUAUGACUCGCAUGUACAGGAGUUUGAUACCCAUAUUGGACAUGUAGGUCUUCCUUGA